AUGGCUGAGGAUUCCGAGCCUGAACUUUACCUACGGUGGAAACACUGUGAGACAGCAGGUAUUAAGACUGUGUGCGAUCUGAGAACACUUCUGAACAAACUCCAGAAAGACCACAGAGAUGAUGUCUACAUGUACAUCUCCGGACACCUGAACCCCAGCAAGCUCUACAGGCCUCUGGAGACAAUCCUGUAUCACUGGCCCAAUGCCAACAGGCCCAAGGAGGCAAACGUCUUUGGAGUAGAAAAGCCAUCUGAUAAGAAGAUUAAAAAGAUGAAAGAUGCUCUAGCUUAUUUUACCAUCAACACAGCUGUGGGCCCAAACGAUGCUGAGAUCACACCACUCUUCAGAUAUUUGAACCCUCUGACACAUGGUUCCCACGCUUCGGAGGAGGAUUUGAUUCCAAAGAAGGGUUUGAGAGAGGAAGGUUCCCCUGAACGGCCGAAGAGAGAAGAGCUAAGAUGGCCCAAGAUGAAGCUUCUGAAGCACAAAGAAGCGAAGUCCAGCCGUGAGUGUGUGAUGUGUCCCCCAGGCAGGGACGAGCUCCUCAGCUCACACUUGGCUGGCGUAACAAAAGCAGACACGUACAGGAAGUUCUUGAGUUUCCAGAAACACGUUCUUGCAAAGCAAGAUGUCUUGAAGAGUGACUUCACUGGCAGCAAGGUAGUGAUGUGCCAUGAAAAGAAGUUGGAGCAGAAGCUCCAGAAAAUACGUAUCUGUGACCCUGAAGAGUUCAACAGACUACAGGUCUUUGGAGAAGUCUUUGAAGAUAUUUGCAAUAGUUCUUUGAUAUUUGGUGAUAUCUUGAAAGAAAUUAAGGACAAAUAUGAACGCUACAUGUUAUUACUUCUGAAGACCCAGCCCACAGAACAGUAUAAGACUUUGCUGACUCACAUCCAGGAGCUGGAGACGAGGAGCGUGAGGACCGCAGAUGUCAACCAGGCCAGGGAGGAGCUGAGGGCGCUCGUGGUGGCCAUCAAAGCAGCCCUGGACCGUAAUGACAAACUCAGAAAUGAAUUGGAGCUGGAACGCAUGUUGCUGCAAUCCACUAAGAAGAGGUCAGAAUCACCUGAGAAAAAUGUAAUGAAGGAGGAGCGCCUGACUCUUAUUGAGAAGGUUGAAAAAAAGAGGUGUGAAGUGCUUAAUAAAUGGGAUGAAAUUCAAGCUCUUGAAAGAGAAAUUAAAACAACUUUGGUUCAUACUGGAAUUUUGCGUAUCACCGAGAAUAAGAUUCAAAGCGUAGAGACUGAAACUAUAAAGUUGGAAACAGCAAAUAAAAUUUUAAAGAAGAAAAUACAAUUUAUUGAAAACCACGUGAAGCAGAUCAUGGGGAAGAGCAAGCUGAGUGAGGGUGAGCAACGGAAACUUUGGGAGUUUAUUAAAGAAUAUGUAAAAUUAAAACAGACAGAUAACUCUUAA